AUUGGAAUCCCACCGAACACCCCAAAUCACAUACCGGGUUGAGAUCAGUAACUCAGUGGACUCGGCAAAGGUUUGAGCUAAGGUCGGGCUUGGAUCUUGUUGGGUCAGCCAGCCUUGGCUUUAUAUAUCAAAGUGGCGCGUAAAUGAGGAUGAAACCUUCCUCUCUCUAGCACGAAGCUGGUGGGGACUCUGUACUCUGUGGCGAUGAAGAUCUUUCCCAUCCCUUGCCUAGAAGAUAACUAUGCCUACUUGAUCAUUGAUGAAAGUUCAGGGGAAGCUGCAGUUGUCGAUCCGGUUGAGCCAGAGAAGGUUUUGAAGGUGGCCAACGACAAUGGCGUCAGCACUGUGAAACUCGUUCUUACCACUCAUCAUCACUGGGAUCAUGCUCGCGGAAAUGAGAAAAUGAAGGAAUUGGUGCCUGGAGUUAGGGUUCUUGGGGGAUCCUUUGAUAACGUGCACGGAUGCACUGACAGGUUGGAGCAUGGAGAUAAGAUAUCCUUGGGGAGAGAUGUGAACAUAUUGGCCCUUCAUACACCAUGCCACACCAAGGGCCACAUAUGUUAUUUUGUGACGGGCAAAGAGGAGGAGGACCCUGCUGUGUUUACUGGAGACACAUUGUUUGUUGCUGGCUGCGGGAAGUUUUUUGAAGGCACUGCAGAACAGAUGUAUCAGUCUCUGUGCAUGAUACUAAGACCAUUGCCGAAGCAAACUCGAGUUUACUGCGAUCAUGAGUAUACAGAGAAGAAUCUUCGCUUCGCGUUAUUUGUUGAACCAGAGAAUGAACAUAUAAAGCGGAAGCUUUUAUGGGCUAAACAUCAGCGCGAGGCCAACCAACCAACCGUUCCGUCGUCGAUUGAGGAAGAACUGUACAUCAAUCCGUUCAUGCGCGUCGAUAUGCCAGAAGUGCAGAAGCGAGUUGGCCGUUCCAGCGCCGUGGAGGCCCUCAUGGAGCUAAGGCGGAUGAAGGAUAACUGGACCCGAUGAUAUAUAUAUAUAUAUAUAUAUAUAUAAAGGACGGAGAGUGAG